AGCGACGGAAGCCGCGCGGGACUCUGUGUUUAUUUAUUUUACGAGUUUAAUUUGUGAGUUUGUGAAAAUGGCGUUUAGUUCAGUGUGUUUUGUGUUUGGACAAAGAGAAAACGACACGAAAACCUCCAGACUCUCAGUCGUAUCGCAGCUGUUUGUUUAGAGCUAACGCGUUAGCCUCAGGUGAGAUAAACAGUGUGAACCAUGGCAGAGGCAGGGGCACAUCUGACCAGCCGUGCGGCCCAGGAGCAGCCCUCCAUCUUUGAGGUUCUGGCCCAGGAGUCUCUGAUGGAGGCAGUGAAACCUGCUCUGAGACAUGCAGUCAAGGUCCUGGCAGAAUCCAACCCCUCUCGAUACGGCGUCCUGUGGCGGUGCUUCGAUGAGCUCUACCUGCUCCUGGACAUCCUGCUGCAGAAACACUUCCUGUCCCACUGCAGCGCUUCCUUCUCAGAGAACUUCUACGGCCUGAAGAGGGUGUGUGGAGGCCAGCGGGGGCGGCUCGCUUUAAGCAGCAGGUCGUACUGGCGCUCCCUCCUCUUGCUGUGCCUCGUGCCGUACCUCCGAGCCAAACUGGAGGCCCUGUUGGCCAAGCAGCGAGAUGAGGAGGACUUCUCUAUUCGCCUGAGCCAGAGCCGUUUUCAGAGGAUGUACCGGGCCUUGGUGGCUGCGUAUCCCUACGUCAGCUCGGCCUGGCAGGCUCUGGUCUUCUGUCAGCAGCUGCUCUUUGUGUUUGGGGUGGCCAAGACGCACAGUCCUCUGCUGUGGUUGGCCCGGGUCAGACUGGCCAGGCUCAGCACACAGGACAUCAGGGACAUGGAGCUGAGAGAGGAGAAACCGAGAGAACCGGCGGGAGGGAGUCCUCUGCACAGAACGUGGCACUUGCUCUCCCAGGCCACCAGGGGGCUCGCCGUGUCCCUGUCCACCACCCUGUCCCUCGGCGUCUUUUUCCUGCAGUUUCUCGAGUGGUGGUACUCCUCAGAGAACCAGAGCACGGUGAAGACGCUGACGACUCUGCCCGCGCCUCCUCCCCCGCUCCACCUACAGCCGGCCAAUCAGAGCGCGGCAGAGUCUGACCGCUUCCUCCAAACGUGUCCACUGUGCCACCGACCACGCACCAACGCCACAGUCCUGUCCACGUCCGGCUUCGUGUUCUGUUACCCCUGUGUGUACGCCUACGUGAAGGCCCACCGCCGCUGUCCUGUGACGGGGUAUCCCAGCGAACUGCAGCAGCUCGUCAAGAUCUACUGCCCCGAGACCUAACGCCACAGGAUUUAUAAUAAACUAGAAUUAUGAGCAAUUCUUCACUCAGCGGAUGCACUUCAGAACAUUUAAUUGUCUUUAAAUUUGUAUGACUGAAAAUUACACAUUUGGUGAACAAACUUAUGUGCCAGAUAGAAUGUUUUUCCAAUUUUCUACAGAAAUAAACUUUAAAGCAUCAGUUUAUGCAGUUU